AUGGAGCCGUCUCGCCAAUCCGAAUCCCAAAUCCCACAUGUCAGGACAUGGACGGACGGCGGCCGCCCGCUGAGCGAGCGGCCCGUGAGCCAGACCCGGCCAGAGAGCAGGGCCAAGGCCAAGGCGACGGAGCCGUGGCCGAAGCCGCCUUUCUCAUCAGUCUCGUUUCGGCCCUUUGCCUCUGGCCGCUGCUGCGGUGGCAUUGCGUCCCUCGUUCGCCACCGAGCAGCUGGAGACGGAGUGGCCCGGGGCUGCCGUCGGUUGGGACACUCGCUCUGCCAAUGUGCUCGUAAAGGUGCCCUGUGCGACCGUGGCUGGCUGGCUGGCUGGUCAUGGGCCGUGAGGGCCUUUGUCCUCCCCUCCGCCGCCGUCGAGCCAAGACACGCAGCAGUGUCGUCGUCGUCGAGCAUGGCCCUGCUGCUGCUGCUAUUUUUUCCCCUUCACCCCAUGCUCAUGGCCGGCUCGUCCUUCACGUGCGCAUUCACAAGCAGCCGAGGGACCUCGAGCUAA